AAAGAAAUAAAUAAAAUCUUUAAAAAAGUGUUGAUUUGGAGAAUCUCACCACAGAGCAAUUAAAUCAGCCUCUGAGGAUGGGGACCCAGGAAAUUGGUAUUUUUUUAAGCUUCCUAGCUGAUUGUAAUGUGCAUCCAAGGGUGAGAAUCCUUGAGCUAGGUAAUAUAGGCCAGUGCUUCUCAGACUUUAAUGUGCAUGCAGAUCAACUCAGGAUCUAGUUAAAUAAAUGUCAAUUCUGAUUCAGUAGGUCUGGGACUCUGCAUUUCUAACCAGGUUCCCAGCGAUACUGAUGGCUGCUGGUCCAGGGAUCACACGUAGAAUAGCAGGAGGCUUGAGGGCUCUAGGUAGCAGUGAAAGAACUUGGUACUCACUCGUGUGACCUUGUUUCCUUCCCAACAACCCGGGCUAGAGCCACUGCCUAACACGAGAGGAGCAGGUGGCUCGCCACUCUCCUGAGGGCUCUGCCUCCAUGGCUUGGGUAGAUGGUGCAGGUAUUUGAGAUGUACACUUAAUUAUUGCACUCUCCCACCUCCUUCAGGCUUAGGAAGGAGCCCAGGAGUCACAGACAGGAUGGUGCUUCUCUCCUUCCUUUUGCUCUUUGUUCUGCCGCUAACCACAAAGGACUGAGUGGACUUUGAAGGAGCGCCAUCCCACAUUGAUCUUCAUGGAUCAUGGACCUGAGAAGAUUUUGCUGCAGCUGUGAGCAGAGGGAGAUGCUGGGGGUGGCCCUCACUCUAGGAAACGCACAGAUGUUCAUCCCCACCGCACUCCUGUUUGCCCCCAAAGCUGUCAGGGGCUCCAGAGCCUUCUCCCCUCCCCCCUCAAAUCCCCAUCAGUGUGUGACCCUUGAGAAGCCUGUUGUUUUUUCUAACCAGCUUCCACCUUUCUGUCCUCUUCCCUCCCUUGGCUCCCCACCCGGCAUUCUCUCAAGUACUGUUUUGUCUUUUAACUUCCCGGUCCCAGCUGCUAGGGCCUCAUCCUGGAUUUUCCCUGCAGGAAAGCCCUGAAAGCAAGAGCUAUCCCAGUCUCAGAGAAACCUGACCAGUCUCUUUGGAGUCCCCUGGUCAUGGGUGCUAAGGACCAGGGCUUUGCUGAUGGUGUUCAGCCCAACCGACCUCCUUUAGUCCAGGUGCAUGUCUCUGUUGAGGCUAGUAGGGGUGCUGGGCCUUCCCAAUGCAGAGGUAGGAAGCUAAUCCCACCACUGCCCUCUAAGAUCAGCACUAAGAUCACCGUCAUCAGGACAAUCAGCACUGGAUUAUAUCACAUAGGCCUAAUGACUGGGGAGAGCUGGAGCAGUCCCGGGAGGCUCCCAGGGAAGGGAGGGCUAGAAAUCAAUGAUGAUAUGUGGCCAGGGAGGGUGAGCACUGGGAAGGCUGCCGGAUCAGAAGGGUAGGAGCCCUGAGGAGGAGUCAGACUGAGUUUGAACUCUGGCCCCAGCACUGCUACCUUGGUCAGCUGUGAAACUAUGGAGGAGUCCCUUCCUUCCUGAGCCUGUCUAGAGAGCCAUAGAAUAGAGAGAGUACAACCUUCUUCAUGGCAUGUUGUGUGUGCUAAGUGAGAUUCGGUUCUCAAAGUGCUGGGGAAUGUUACAUAGAAUAAUGGUGGGAAAGAGAAGGCUAAUCCUUGAACAUUUUGUAUCCCUAGCUCGACUAGGAUGGCCUCCCCAGGGCCAUGGAAGGGGGACAGCUUCCCGAAGAAAGGAAAGGUGAAGACAUAGCCAUGGCUUCUUCCCCCAGCAGUACUCCUUGACUCCCUCCUUUCCUGGGAGUUGCUGCUGGUGGGUUCUGUUCUUGGGCAGGUGUGGGAGAGGGAGAGGAGUAGUGGGACAGGCAGAGAGUGAGGCUCAAUAAGGGUGUGCCAGGACAUACAGAGGGUUGGGUGUGGGAAACUGAAGGUAAAUCCAAGCAGCGAAUAUGCCAGCGCUCACCAUGCUCUCCUUGCCAUUUCUGGAUCAUGAGAACUCGAGAAGCUGAGGCCAAGAGAGCAUGCAAGUGGCUCCGAGCGACAGGAUUCCCUCAGUAUGCGCAGCUUUUUGAAGAAGGUCUGUUUCCUCUGGAUAUUGGCUCUGUGAAGAAGGACCACGGUUUUCUGGACGAGGACUCUUUGGGGGCCCUGUGCAGGAGGCUGAUGACCUUGAACAAUUGUGCCUCGAUGAAACUGGAAGUUCACUUUCAAAGCAAGCAGAAUGAAGACUCAGAAGAAGAAGAGCAGUGUACCAUCAGCAACCACUGGGCUGUCCAGCAAGAAAGUAAAUUCUGGUCCCAUGGAGGGUCCUCUGACCUGCUGGCCCCCCCGAGCCCUGGCCUGCCGGGGACCUCCAGCUGUGAGAGUGUCCUCACAGAGCUCAGCGCCACUUCCCUGCCAGCUAUCACUGUGGGCCUAUCGCUGGAGCCAGAGGACCUACCCUCACCCUGCCAUGUCCCCAGCCCAAGUAACCAGCUCCUCCUUAGCCCCACCCAGGGCCAAGAGGGUCCCCGGGACAAAGCCAAGAAGCACCGUUCUCGUAGCUUCCUUAAGCACCUUGAAUCUCUCAGGCGGAAGGAAAAGGGUCGUGGUCAGCAAGCAGAGCCUGAGCGUGGCCCAGCCACUUUAGAGAAGACCAGCAAACCCUCCUCUUUCUGCAGUCGCCACAGCUUCCUCUCUGCCGGAUUCUACAAGGCCAAGAACAGGGUGGCCACCUCAGCCGGUGACGGUGGCGCUGCAACCCCGAGGGCCUGGGAGGCCUGGCCUGUGGCCGCAUUUCGGCAUCCACAGCGGGUGCACCAGGGUGCCUGCCUCGUGCACGUGCCCAGGGACCACAAACCAGGCACAUUCCCUCGCUCCCUGUCCAUUGAGAGCCUGUUUCCUGAGGAUGGACACCACCUGGCAGAUUGGCAGCCAGGGAGGCCCCAGGGCUGUGAAGGGCGUCGGGGCUCCUGUGGCUCCACAGGCAGCCAUGCCAGCGUCUAUGACAACAUGCCCGAGCUGUACCCAGCGGAGCCUGUCCUGGCUGGCGCUGAAGCCGAGGAGGAGGAGGAGGGCAGCAGCAGCUAUGCCCACCUAGACGACAUUCUCCAGCACGUGUGGGGGCUGCAGCAACGGGUGGAACUCUGGUCUCAGGCCAUCUACCCAGACCUGCGGACUAGAGAGAAGGAAGAGGAGGAAGAAGAGGAGGAAGUCACUUCAUCCAUAGAGAUGGCCACGGUUGAGGUCGAAGGGCAAGCUGAGGCUCUGGCCCAGGUGGAGGCUCCGGCUCGCCAAGGGUCCUCGGCCCUGGGCCAGGCUGAUGUCCAGCCAGUAGUCCCAGCUCAGAUUCAGGUUAGAGCUGAGGCUGAGCCCCUGGCACAGGCACAGGCUGAGGCCGAUACUGAGGCCCCGGGUCCAGCCCAAGAUAAUGGUCAGGAGGCGAAUUCAGGUGGGGAACCCACCUCAGCUUCCAGCCUGUCUAUGGAAGAAGGACACUCCAUUGCUGACACCAUGGCCUCCUCCAGUGAACUGGACAGUAGUGGACCCUCCGUGAAUGAGCCCGAGGCCAGAGGCUCACCAGCUGGACUUUGGGCAUCAGCACCACGUGAACGACGAGAUUCAGGCGUUGGGGCCUCGCUUACUAGACCCUGCAGGAAGCUCCGCUGGCAUAGCUUCCAGAACUCCCACCGGCCCAGCCUCAACUCAGAGUCCUUGGAGAUCAACCGCCAGUUCGCCGGCCAGAUCCACCUCCUGCACAAGGGCUCACUGCUGCGGCUCACCGCCUUCAUGGAGAAGUACACUGUGCCCCACAAGCCAGGAUGGGUCUGGUCAGUGCCCAAGUUCAUGAAAAGGAACAAGAGCCCGGACUACCGGGGUCAGCACGUGUUUGGGGUGCCGCCUCUUGUGCAUGUGCAGCGCACAGGCCAGCCGCUGCCGCAGAGCAUCCAGCAAGCCAUGCGCUACUUGCGUAGCCAGUGCCUGGACCAGGUGGGCAUAUUCCGCAAGUCGGGGGUGAAGUCCAGGAUCCAGAACCUGCGCCAAAUGAAUGAGAUGUCCCCAGACAAUGUUUGCUACGAGGGCCAGUCGGCUUAUGAUGUGGCUGACUUGCUGAAGCAGUAUUUCCGGGACCUACCAGAGCCUAUCUUCACCAGCAAGCUCACCACCACUUUCCUGCAGAUCUACCAGCUCCUCCCCAAAGAUCAGUGGUUGGCAGCAGCGCAGGCUGCCACCUUGCUGCUCCCUGAUGAGAACCGAGAGGUCCUACAGACCCUGCUCUAUUUCCUAAGUGACAUUGCCUCUGCUGAGGAAAACCAGAUGACCGCCGGCAACCUAGCCGUGUGCCUGGCACCCUCCAUCUUCCAUCUCAACGUCUCCAAGAAGGAUAACCCCUCACCCAGGAUCAGGAGCAAACGCAGCCUGGUUGGCCGGCCAGGCCCUAGGGACCUGAGUGAGAACAUGGCUGCCACCCAGGGCCUAUCACACAUGAUCAGUGACUGCAAGAAACUUUUCCAAGUCCCCCAGGACAUGGUGCUGCAACUGUGUGGCUCCUAUAGUGCAGCCGAGCUCAGCCCUCCUGGGCCAGCCCUGGCUGAGUUGCGGCGGGCCCAAGCUGCAGGUGUGAGCCUGAGCCUCUACAUGGAGGAGAGCAUCCAGGAGCUGCUCCGAGAUGCUGCUGAGCGCUUCAAGGGCUGGAUGAGUAUGCCAGGGCCCCAGCACACGGAGCUGGCUUGCAGGAAGGCACCAGACGGGCACCCCCUGCGUGUGUGGAAGGCGUCCACUGAAGUGGCGGCCCCUCCAGCCGUGGUGCUACACCGUGUUCUGCGGGAGAGGGCCCUCUGGGAUGAGGACCUGCUGCGAGCCCAGGUGUUGGAAGCCUUGAUGCCAGGCGUAGAGCUGUACCACUAUGUCACCGACAGCAUGGCGCCCCAUCCCUGCCGUGACUUUGUGGUGCUCCGGAUGUGGCGCUCCGACCUGCCCCGUGGUGGCUGCCUGCUAGUCUCCCAGUCCCUGGAUCCUGAGCAACCGGUGCCCGAGUCAGGGGUGCGGGCCAUGAUGCUCACUUCCCAGUACCUCAUGGAGCCUUGUGGCCUGGGUCGCUCCCGGCUCACUCACAUCUGCCGUGCUGAUCUCAGGGGCCGUUCUCCUGACUGGUACAACAAAGUCUUUGGGCACCUAUGUGCCAUGGAAGUGGCAAAGAUCCGGGACUCCUUCCCCACCCUGCAGGCAGCUGGCCCUGAGACAAAGUUAUGAGCCUCACCCCCUACCUGGCCCCUUGGCACCAAGGGAGGAAGCGGGUAAGGGGAGGAGAGCAGCCCUCAUGUGUUGCUUCCAGGGGCAGAGCCGGGCCCUUGCCGAUCUGGCAGCCUGCUGUCCCCUUGGCUGCCUGAAGCUCCUCCACACGUAUAAGGGAGGGGAAGAGAAUUUCAAGUGUCCUGUCUCUACUCCACCUGCACCCACGAGCCUGUGUUCUGUCCUCCUAAGAGGGAGGAGUCAUUUUCCAAAGAAGACGACUGCUGCGACACUCCUGGCCCACAGAACAAGGCACCAUCCAUCUGAAACCUUGCCAGCUCCCCCACCUGCAAGGGGGAAGGAGAUAGACAGCAGGGUGUGCGUCCAGGUCUCUGCCGCUCAGAGAGGCCAAGCCAUCCUUUCGGGUGCUCAGUUCCCUUUGAGGUUGGCAGGAGGCUCUAAUCCUGCCUUUGGGCCUAAUAUUUGGCUCUGAACUGGCUUUUUCAGAGAAAGGGAAUUAGAGAGGGUGAGCACAGGGCAGCCCAAUCACCGUGAACUGUUUUAUUUGUGUAAAUACGAUACUGAUUUUUACGAGGCUGAUUUAAAGAGUGGGCACUAGCAGUAGGCAACAGGAUGGUUUGGGGCAGCCUGGGAUAUGGGAGUGGGGGUGAGAGGGGGCUCCCUUUCUCAGGUCUCAGGAGACCAGUGAACCAAUCUUCCUAGCUUGGGCCCCCUACUUUAUCUGCCACUCGCCGGUGUCCUGUGCAGCCUUUGGUCACAUACUCUUAUGUUUGGAGAGCAAAUGGGCUCAAUCCCACUACACAAGCCCAGCAAAAGCAGACAGUAGUGAAGAGACAUAUCUGUGUCCGUGUCCCUUCUCCUGCUCCUCCUGCCUAUGGUAACAGGCUGACACCAGAGCCCCGUCAUCAAGCAGAGACCUGGCCCCUGCUUUAGGCAGCUGGCCCUCCAGAUGGAAGGGCCGAGUGUCACCUCAGCUAGCUGCGGCUUGAUCCCACCCAGCAGCCAUCUUGGCUUAUGUGGAAUUCCAAAUGACGUUCAAAUGCCAACAGGUGCUUCAUUUUUCUUUCAGCUCAGUAAACUGGAGUGGGAUGGAUUCCAGCUAAUGCUGUAAUUUUUAAGCCUAUUUUAUUUGUACCUAUAAAUACUGUACAGUCAGAAUAUAUAUGUAUGUAUUUGUGUAUAUAUAUAUAGAUAGAUACAUAUAUAUGCACAUCUAUAUAUGCACACAUAUUCUAUUGUGAGUAUAUUAUAAUCUGUGGGUGCGACCAGGGGUCGGGAAAGCCUAACAGGGCAUUUAAGAUGAGGGAGGCUGAAGGCAGGAACCAUGUGACCCCUCAGCAGAACAAUAAAGCGUUACUAGAGAUGGA